CCCGUAGUUCUUCCCGUGGCUGGCCUCCACAUUGAUGGCUGAGCCGUGGAGCUUAUGGAAGUGCAGGUUCUUGAUAGCUUUCACCGCGGCCCUGCGGUCAUCCAUGUGGACGAAGGCGAAGUUUUUGAUGAUGGCACAUUCCGUGACUGUGCCAUACUCGGUGAAGAGGGCCUUGAUUUCAUCCUCGGUUGCUUCCUGGGGCAAGUUGCCGACAAAAAUCUUCACCAUCCUCGAUCUGUUUCAAGGAAAAGUAGAGGACGGUGCUAUAUGUUGUACGUGCGCGGGCAUCUCAGGAACACCUUAUGAGAACGUCGAUCAUUCUGCGAGUGGGAGUAAAUGGCCCCUUUGUCUCCGCAAAAUGGCGGACACAUUCAACACCGCGCAAAUAAUUCACUUAAUAAAGGGUGAAUGCGUCAUGCAAAGUGUACACUAUUGACAUUAUGGUGUAUUCGGGUGUAAACCAACGAUGCGUUUUCAGUUGAAAGUCGGGUUUUGUCAAAUCUAUUAUAUUAGCAAUUAGCUUUGGUUAGCUUAGUUGUGGCGCCAUGUUUUAUUUUACACAAAGCAUGGUAUGACUUAAAGGGUAUACACACGGUAAGAUACAAUCCCCCACUGAUUAAACUAAACAUGUUAACACAUUAUAGUAUAUAUUUAAACCACUGGAUUUUUUUUUUACAUUACUCACCUUUUAUCAAGAGGAACCAAACGUUGUACCGGCAGCCUGCGAUUGCUUUUAGCACUGCUUCCGGUUCUUCUUGACUUCUCACUGCCCCCUAUUGGUCAGAGUGAUGACGUAACUGCUAUUGGUGGGAUUUAUUUAUUUAUUAUUUAACUUUAUUGGAAAUAUCAAGCAGCAGUAACAUAGAUGGUACGCAUGACAAUUCAGCAUUAACAAAAACACAAGGAUUAACGUGAAUAUAGAACAAAAGCUGGACCACUGUACAACUUGCAACAUUUGUAGUCAAGUCAACAUUGUAAUUUAAGUAUUAUACCAACAAGUUUCGCUUCAUUCUGUCACUUUCUUUGGUGUAAAAAAAGACACAUAAGGAAAACAAAACGGGGUUUUAAUUUGUAACAUGUCACGCCCGAAACUAACCAAAUGGCCUUCUUUUUAUACAUGCGUCAUCGGGGACUUUCGGUUCUAUACUGCUGGAUUCAGAGGCACGAUAAAGCAAAAGAACGAACUUAACGUAUUGGGUAUUGUUAGUCCAGCGUUUACCACGGAAAUAAUAUGUUACAGAAAUGCUGAAUAAGGGUGACGAAAGAAGGGAGGCGCAACAGAAGCUGCAGCAGAAUUCAGCUUUAAUGUCACUAGUACAGACAGGACAAAAGCAAGUUGCAGUUCUUCAUUCAUCUUCGGUCAUCUUUACAUUUGAGGAGCCAAAACAAGGUAAGAGCAACACAAUGAGGAGAAAUGAAUAUUCACCUUUUACAGUAAGCCUAAACUAACACCUUGUGUCAAUAUUUUUGUCCAGUUUAUUCAAAAUGAGUGUUUCUGAGACAAUGGAGACAGAAGAGGAUCUUUUGACUUGCCUCCACAUCAAGUUCUACCACCCCCAGCAGAACACUAAAGGUUUUUACAGUUUGCUCCAUCUGGGCAACAGAAGUAAACACUGUGCAGAUGAGCCUCUCCGUUUAGGACGGGAUACCCAGGUUUGCAACUUUUCUCUGGUCGACCGCAGGGUGUCCCGCAAGCAGCUGGCCCUCCAUGCUUACCGCACACCUCAGAGUCAAGACAUGCUGUUCACCCUUCAGAACUUGUCUCAGGUGGCAAAGGUGUACGUUAACAGCUUAGCCCUGGACUUCUUGGAGAGGGUGGAUCUCCCGAAUAAGGCCCUGGUCCGGUUCGGGCAGUACGAGAUACUGAUCGUCAGGGAGGCCGGCGAGGCCAAAGGGAGCUUUGAGGUGGAGUUGGACGUCCUGCCAGCGCCUCCAUCUAGGGAGACAUGCGCAUGUCAGCCCAGCACCGUGCCAGUCAUGGACACAGGAUCCCAGCUGAUACCCAAACCAGAAAUCCAAGACCCUUUGGAGACAGAUGAGACUCUCAUGUGUCAUUCACUCAACACUCUACCCUCUCUGUGACUUAGUUUUCCUUUCAUUUAGCCACUUUCUGAUCUUGAUGACAUCCUGUUGGUUUACUGGGCUUCUUGUACAAGUCCUGUUAAUUAUGAACUCAUAUUGUAAAGCUGUGAUCUUUAUGUAGUGUAUCCUGUACUUAUACAUACUGUAUACUGUGAAGUUUGUUUGAAAGCUGUUUAACCUACACUUUGUUAGUGCUUUGCAAGUACUAGCCACAGAUCAGCACAUAUUUUAAAGCAGCUCUUCAUUCAAAUGAGACUCAGCAUCGCUAAACUGUGUAUCUUUAUAUUCACACAAGAGUGACAAAGGCCGGCAUUGUUAUAUAUAUAUAUAUAUAUAUAUAUAUAUAUAUAUAUAUAUAUUUUUUUUUUUAAACAUCUUGUCAGUCUGAAAUUUGAAAAAAAUCAAAA